GCAAUCCAUUAUACUCCCGGAAGUUCCGCCUCUCUGUACUCGCGGGAAAAGGAGGUAGGCGCCAAAAUAAGAAAACACCAUCAGCGUCAGUGACAGGGACUCAGGGAAACGAAGGACACAAUAUUAAAGAAACCUCCAAAUGUUACUUUUUAAACACACGUUUUUAAGGUGAAUAGGACUUUAUUUGGGACUGGACGUGGCUUCGGUCGAAAUUUCACCGUAAAGGAUGGUUUUACAAAACAGUGGUAGAUAUAAAGCAGAGAAAGGACAAAGCGGUGACCAGGAAAACCAGGACGAUGGAUCUUCCAUAUCCGCUGUCAAGCGGCUGGAGCGCAGUCAGUUCACCGACCAGAUGGACUCACGCUUCGGCUUUGACAGAAUUAAAGACUCGGGAGAAAAAACAGGAUGGCUGAUCAACAUGCAUCCUACCGAGAUCCUGGAUGAGGACAAGAGAUUGAUCAGUGCCGUGGAUUUUUAUUUCAUUAAAGAGGAUGGAAACAGGUUUAAGGUGGCGCUACCGUUCAAGCCCUAUUUUUACAUUGCCACAAAAAAGGGCUGUGACAGAGAAGUCAUCUCCUACUUGUCCAAGAAAUUCCAAGGAAAAGUGGCAAAGCUUGAAAUUAUCCCAAAGGAGGAUCUUGACCUGCCGAACCAUUUAGUCGGAUUGAAGAGAAGUUACAUCAAGCUGUCAUUCAACACUGUGGACGACCUUGUGAAAGUAAAACGUGAGAUUGCCCCGGCAGUGCGAAAGAACAAAGAGAAGGAGAAUUCCAAUGAUACCUACACUUCAAUGUUAUCCAGUGCUUUAGCAGGUGCACACAUCACUUCUGCAGAUGAAGAGGUGAUGUCCAAAAGUAUUUUGGACCAACGGGACAACAUAGUGGACAUGAGAGAGUAUGAUGUGCCCUAUCAUGUCCGAGUCUCCAUCGAUCUCAAGAUCCACGUGGCUCACUGGUACAAUGUUCGAUACAGAGGCAGCAAUUAUCCACCAGAAAUUGUGCGGAGGGAGGAUCUUGUGGAGCGGCCGGAUCCCGUUGUUUUGGCCUUUGACAUUGAGACCACCAAACUUCCACUAAAGUUCCCUGACGCAGAGACGGACCAGAUUAUGAUGAUCUCCUACAUGAUUGAUGGACAGGGAUUUCUGAUCACAAACAGAGAGAUUGUCUCAGAGAACAUUGAGGAUUUUGAGUUUACGCCCAAACCUGAAUAUGAAGGACCUUUCACGGUGUUCAAUGAGGAAGAUGAGGCUGCACUUCUUAAACGGUGGUUUGAUCACAUCCAUGAAACAAAACCCAACAUCUUUGUUACGUACAAUGGAGACUUCUUUGAUUGGCCUUUUGUUGAGACUCGAGCAUCACUACAUGGACUGACUAUGCAUAAGGAGAUUGGUUUCCAGAAGGACAACCAGGGAGAGUACAAGUCCAGUCAGUCUAUCCACAUGGAUUGUCUAAGGUGGGUAAAAAGAGACAGUUACUUGCCUGUUGGAAGUCACAACCUUAAGGCAGCAGCAAAGGCCAAACUGGGCUACGAUCCAGUGGAGCUGGACCCAGAGGAAAUGUGUCGUAUGGCCACAGAGGAGCCACAGACCCUAGCAACCUACUCUGUGUCAGACGCUGUGGCCACGUAUUACCUGUACAUGAAAUACGUUCAUCCUUUCAUAUUUGCUCUGUGCACCAUCAUCCCCAUGGAGCCUGAUGAGGUGCUGCGUAAAGGCUCUGGGACUCUGUGUGAAGCCUUGCUUAUGGUGCAGGCCUUUCACGCCAACAUCGUCUUUCCCAACAAACAAGAACAGAUUUUCAACAAACUGACAGAUGAUGGACAUGUCAUGGACUCAGAGACCUACGUGGGUGGCCACGUGGAGGCACUGGAGUCCGGAGUGUUUCGUAGUGACAUCCCCUGUCGUUUUAAAAUGAACCCUGCAGCAUUUGACUUCCUGCUACAGAGAGUUGAAAGAACAAUGCGUCACGCUAUUGAGGAAGAGGAGAAAGUACCUUUGGAGCAGGUCACAAACUUCAGUGAGGUAUGUGAUGAUAUCAAGAAGAAACUGAUUUCACUGAAGGAAGUACCCAACAGGAUUGAAUGUCCCCUCAUUUACCAUCUGGACGUGGGGGCCAUGUACCCCAACAUUAUUCUCACUAACCGGUUACAGCCAUCUGCAAUGGUUGAUGAAGUCACAUGCGCUGCCUGUGACUUUAACAAACCUGGAGCCUUGUGUCAGAGGAAGAUGGCCUGGCAGUGGAGAGGAGAAAUCAUGCCUGCCAGUCGCAGUGAGUUCCACAGAAUCCAGCAGCAGCUGGAGUCGGAAAAGUUCCCACCGUUCUUCCCCAAUGGACCACCUCGAGCCUUCCACAACCUUAACAGGGAGGAGCAGGCCAAGCAUGAGAAGAAGCGAUUGUCAGACUACUGUAAGAAGGCCUACAAGAAGAUUCACGUCACCAGGCUGGAGGAACGCAUCACCACCAUCUGUCAGAGAGAGAACUCCUUCUAUGUGGACACAGUCAGAGCUUUCAGAGAUCGGCGAUAUGAAUUUAAAGGACUCCAUAAGGUUUGGAAAAAGAAACUGUCUUCAGCUCAAGACAGCGGAGAUGCCGCUGAGGUGAAACGCUGCAAGAACAUGGAGAUCCUGUACGAUUCUCUGCAGCUGGCUCACAAAUGUAUUCUCAACUCCUUUUAUGGUUACGUCAUGAGGAAGGGGGCGCGCUGGUAUUCCAUGGAGAUGGCAGGAAUCGUCUGCUUCACUGGAGCCAACAUCAUCACACAAGCCAGAGAGCUCAUUGAACAAAUAGGACGACCACUGGAGUUGGACACUGACGGUAUCUGGUGUGUCCUGCCCAACACUUUUCCUGAGAACUUUGUUGUGAAAACAAGCAGUGAGAAGAAGCCCAAGGUAACCAUCUCCUACCCAGGGGCCAUGCUGAACAUCCUAGUGAAGGAGGGAUUCACCAAUGACCAGUACCACGAACUAGUCGACCCAGCGUCCCUCACUUAUGUCACAAGGGCAGAAAACAGCAUCUUCUUUGAGGUGGACGGACCGUACCUGGCCAUGAUUCUUCCUGCCUCCAAAGAAGAAGGGAAGAAGCUGAAGAAACGGUAUGCUGUGUUCAAUGAGGAUGGCUCUCUGGCUGAGCUGAAGGGUUUUGAGGUGAAGAGACGAGGAGAGCUGCAGCUCAUUAAGAUUUUCCAGUCUUCAGUGUUUGAAUCUUUUCUCAAAGGCACCACCUUAGAGGAAGUAUAUGCCUCUGUGGCCAAAGUGGCAGACUACUGGCUGGACGUUCUGUACAGCAAGGCUGCCAACAUGCCAGACGCCGAGCUGUUUGAGCUGAUUUCAGAGAAUCGAUCCAUGUCCAGGAAGCUGGAAGACUACGGACAGCAGAAGUCCACUUCCAUCAGUACAGCAAAGAGACUUGCUGAGUUCCUGGGAGACCAGAUGGUGAAAGAUGCUGGUCUGAGCUGUCGCUAUGUCAUCUCCAGGAAACCAGAGGGAUCACCUGUCACAGAAAGAGCCAUUCCCCUGGCCAUCUUCCAGGCAGAGCCCAGUGUGAAGAAACAUUUUCUGCGUAAGUGGCUGAAGAUGCCCAGCCUGCAUGACUUGGACAUUCGCUCUAUCCUUGAUUGGAGUUAUUACAUAGAGAGGCUGGGAAGUGCCAUUCAGAAAAUCAUCACGAUACCUGCAGCUCUGCAACAAGUGAAGAACCCAGUACCCAGAGUGAGACAUCCUGACUGGCUCCACAAAAAACUGCUAGAGAAAAAUGACAUUUACAAGCAGAAGAAAAUUAAUGAAUUGUUCACCUGUGAAGGCAAGAGACAGGUGGCCCAUCAGCCUCUGGAGCCUGGACAGACUGCAGACAUGGAGGACUUUGGACUUCCAGCCAAACCUCUGCAGCCUGCUAUCCUCAUCAGCACAAAGCGAAAGCGGGUUUCUCAGGGGGAGGAGAGCCAGAUAGAGUCACAGGACAUGGAGCUCACCCAGUCCUGGAGGGAGAUCCUGGGACCUCCACCACCUAUGGGAAAUACACGGGAGGAGAUUCUAGUGUGGCUCCGUUACCAUAAAAAAAAGUGGGAGCUGCAGCUGAGGCAGAGGAAAGAGAGGAGGAAGAAGAGGAAGCUGCUGGAUGGUGAAGCUCAGUCUGUGGGUAGAGGUGUGAUCAGAGGUGGUCCCACCACUGGCCUGGGAAAUUUCCUCCGUAGAACAGCACGCAGCAUCCUGGACAUGCCCUGGCAAAUUGUGCAGAUUGCAGAGACCAGUCACCCUGGUCUGUACAAGCUGUGGGCUGUGAUUGGAAAUGACCUCCACUGUAUGAAGCUCAAUAUCCCUCGUGUCUUCUAUGUCAAUCAGAAGGUCCCUAAACAAGAGGAAGGAGCUACUUAUAAAAAGGUGAAUCGUAUGCUGCCCCGAUCGAACAUUGUGUACUACCUAUAUGAGUACACUGUACCAGAGGACAUGUACCAGGAACACAUCAAUGAGAUCAAUGCUGAUCUGUCAGCACCUGACAUUGAAGGAGUCUAUGAAACACAGGUUCCACUGUUGUUCCGUGCUCUGGUGCAUCUUGGUUGUGUGUGUAUGGUCAAUAAACACGUGGUCAGGGAUCUGGCCGGCAGGGAGGCUGACACUUUUGACCUGGAGCAUUUGGAGAUGAGAUCUCUGGCUCAGUUCAGUUAUCUGGAACCUGGAAGUGUUCGUCACAUGUACUUUUAUCAUCACAGCCAGGGCCACAAGGCUCUGUUCGGUCUGUUCAUCCCCUCGCAGCGCAAAGCCUAUGUUUUUGUCCUGGACACAGUUCGCAGCAACCAGAUGCCCAACCUGAGUAACCUCUACACAGCUGAACGCACUGCCCUCCUGGAAAAAACGACAGAGGAGCUUCUGCCUCCGGAUAAUCACAACUUCGAGGUCCGAGCUGAAAAUGAAGCCAAGGCUAUUUAUCGUGCCAUUCAGCGCAUUCUGCUGAACUACAAGGAUGAGCGUCGAGGUCCCACUCUCAUUGCUGUGCAGUCAAACUGGGAGCUGCGUCGAUUGGCAGCAGGGAUGCCAGUGCUUGAGGAGUUUCCUGUGGUUCCGGUGCAUGUGGUGGAUGAGAUCAAUUACAACGUGCUGGACUGGCAACGACACGGUGCCCGUCGCAUGAUCCGUCAGUACCUCAACCUGGACAGUUGUCUGUCGAAGGCCUUUGACAUGGCCAGAUAUUAUCACUUACCUGUGGGAAACCUGCCUCAGGAUGUGUCCAUCUUUGGCUCUGAUCUGUUCUUGGCGAGGCAUCUACAGAAACACAACCACCUUUUGUGGCUCUCGCCCACAGCCAGACCUGACCUGGGAGGAAAAGAAGCUGACGACAGUCGUCUGGUCAUGGAAAGUGAUGACAGGGGCUCAGUGGAAAUCAAUGCUCCUGGAAGUUACUCUACUGUAUGCCUGGAGCUGGAUUUGCAGAGUUUGGCUGUGAACACUAUUCUACAGUCGCACCAUGUCAAUGACAUGGAGGGCGGAGCCAGUCUGGGUGUCAGUUUCGACGUAAUCCAGCAGGCGUCGUUGGAGGACAUGAUGUCAGGGAAUCAGGGAGCAAGCGCUGUGGCCAGUUACGAUGAGACUGCUCUGUGCUCCAACACCUUCAGGAUCUUGAAGAGCAUGGUGGUGGGCUGGGUCAGAGAGAUCACUAUGUACCACAACGUGUAUGCUGACAACCAGGUCAUGCAUUUCUACCGAUGGCUGCGCUCCCCAAGUUCUCUGCUCUAUGACCCUGCGCUGCACCGAACACUGCUCAACAUGAUGAAGAAAGUGUUUCUACAGCUGGUGGCAGAGUUCAAACGUCUGGGUUCCACUGUGGUGUACGGAAACUUCAACAGGAUCAUCCUGUGCACUAAAAAACGGAGGACUGAUGAUGGCAUCGGCUACGUGGAAUACAUCACCAACAGCAUUCAAUCCAAAGAAAUCUUCCACUCUUUGUCCUUGUCCUUCUCUCAAUGCUGGGAGUUCCUGUUGUGGAUGGAUCCUGCAAACUAUGGUGGUGUGAAGGGGAAACUGCCUUCCAGCCUGAUGUAUGGAGAGGGAGAUAAAAAACGAAAGAAAAGUGGACAGGAAGAAGGUGUUGAAGACGGCAGUGAUGAGGAAGAGGACGAAGCAGAGGCAGAGGAUGAAACGGAUGAGGUGGAAGAUCUGAUUGAGAGCAAUUGGAACAUAAUGCAGUAUCUGCCCCAGAAUGCCUCCUGUCAGAAAUACUUCCUCAUGAUUGUUUCAGCCUACAUCGCAGCCAUUUACCACAGUAUGAAAGAGGAGCUGAGACGUAAUGCUCCUGGAGCCACACCUAUCAAGAGACGCAGAGGCAGUCAGGCUUCCCAGCAGGCAGUGGGAGACCUGAGUGCUCUUCCUGGAAUGAUCUCCUUCUCCCAGGAGUAUGUGUCCAGCGAGCUGACACAUAACCUUUUCAACAUCACUCAAAAAAUUCAGAAGAAGGUGACGGGUACACGCAGUGUGUCUCAGCCUUCAGAGAUGUUCCCUAUCCUUCCUGGAUCCCACCUGACUCUGAAAAACCCAGCGCUGGAGUUUAUUAAAUAUGUCUGCCAGGUUCUCUCACUGGACUCAAACAUAGUGAAUCAGGUGAACAAACUAAAGCGAGACCUUCUGCGUCUGGUGGACGUGGGAGAAUUCUCAGAUGACGCUCAGUUCCGCGACCCCUGUCACUCCUACGUCCUACCAGAGGUCAUCUGCCAUCACUGCAAUUUCUGUCGUGACCUUGACCUUUGCAAGGACCCGUCUGUUGCUCAGGAUGGGUCUGUCCUGCCUCAGUGGUUCUGUUCCAACUGUCAGGCUCAGUAUGAGACAGAGUCCAUUGAGACAGCUCUGGUAGAAGGUCUGCAGAAGAAGCUCAUGAGCUACACACUACAGGACCUAGUAUGUAACAAAUGUAAAGGAGUAAAAGAGGCAAAUAUGCCCCUGUACUGUGCAUGUGCUGGAGACUUUGACCCCACUUUCUCAGCCAAGAGCUUCUUUCAGCAGGUGAACGUGUUCCGGAACAUCGCCUCUCACUACAACAUGAAGUUCCUGGGGGAGACAAUCGAUUGGCUCAUGAUAAUGAGUCCACAGGUCAACAAGCAGACUCUCCACUGAAUGUGACCCUUUUCUUCUUUGGCUGUCUCUUUGGCAAAUUUUUUAAAUUCAUUUCACUUUGUAAAGUCAAUGAAAAUGUGUAUUGGUUGUAGCUUUUGAUUUUUAAUAAAUAUAGUUUAUAAACCUUGUGG